UGGUUUAUAUUGCAGUGACAGUCGCGGUCACACUGGUCAUAGGCAAUAAGAAAAAAAGAAACUCCACGGCACGGUCGUCCAAUUAAGUUAAUUUUUCUAAGUAAACAUACAAGUGCAGAUACGCCGUGCGCAUUCAAGCUAGCGUACAGCUACCCACGCCGCAGUUGCCGAACGCGAAUCGAAGGCGCGAUCCGUAGUUGCGCCAGCAGUGCGCUCCACGUGUGAGAAUAGUCAGGAAAAGCCAGCGCACACACACAAACGCGCGCGUACAUACGUGAAGUACACGUACACAAAUGCGCGCGAGGGAAAAGCGCUAGGUCAGAGGAAAGUGAAAAGUGAAAAGCGUGAAGAGAGCGCGUCAGGCGUCAGGAAUCGGACGACGUAACCAGCUGGGUGAAAAUGGCGCUGCUCGCCUACCGGGACAAGCAUAUCCUGAGUGCCCAGCAGCUGAGGAAACUCAGCGAGCACAAGUACUCCUGCUUCAGCGCCAGCCUGCUCGAUCCGCUGCUGCAGCCAUGGUGGAACUGGUUGGUGUCCCAGACGCCCCUUUGGCUGGCCCCCAACCUCAUCACCAUCGUGGGACUGAUCCUCAAUGUGGUCACCACCCUGAUACUAAUCUGUUAUAGCCCAAACGGUGUUGAGGCUCCGCCACGUUGGACCUGCUUGCUCUGCGCGCUGGGUCUGUUCAUCUACCAGAGUCUGGACUCCAUCGACGGGAAGCAGGCGCGACGCACGAAUACCUCAUCGCCGUUGGGCGAGCUCUUCGACCAUGGCUGUGACUCUAUUUCCACGGUGUUUGUGGCCCUAUCGGCAUGCAUCUCCUGCCAACUGGGCCACUAUCCCAACUGGCUGUUCUUCCAGUGCUUCUGUGCUAUAGCGCUCUUCUACUGCGCCCACUGGCAGACUUAUGUGUCCGGAACGAUGCGCUUCGGCAGAAUUGAUGUGACGGAGGCACAGUUCUCAAUUAUAGCAAUUCAUCUGGUUUCGGCUGCACUGGGUCCUGAGAUCUGGCUCACCAAGCUGCCGCACUUCAACUGCGAAUCGCGAUUUCUGCCAAUUUAUGUGGCCUGCGGCGUUGAUUUGAUUCUAGCUCUGCGCUACACGAAAUGCAUUUUGACCGAGGGUUGCGGCAAGAACGGAUCAUCGGUUGCUGGCACCAGUGUCCUCUCGCCCAGCAUUCCGCUCACGCUGGUGGUGCUGCCCGCCCUGAUCAUUGCCCAGAAGUCGCCGCACAACAUCUUCACCGAGCACGCGUCGGUGUACAUCCUGGCCUUCGGCAUGGUGGCCGCCAAGGUCACCAAUAAGUUGGUGAUUGCCCACAUGACCAAGGCGGAGAUGGAGUAUCUGGACUGGUCGCUGCUCGGCCCCGCGCUGCUGUUCCUCAACCAGUACUUCAACUGCAUUGUGCCGGAGAUCUGGCUGCUGUGGUUCACGCUCAUCUGGGGCACCCAGGAUCUGUUGCGCUACUGCGCCCAGGUGUGCCUGGAGAUUUGCCAGCACCUGCGCAUCGAUCUCUUCCGGAUACCGUACACGCCCAAGGGCGUGGCCCCACAUCCGGCCACCGCCUCGGUGAGCAGCCAAAGCAACUUCGGCGGCUUUGGCAGCAGUGCGGACAAGAACGGCGGCAGCGCGCAUCGAAAGUCGAAGAGCAAACCGCACUAGGUUCCGGUUUUCCGCUAUAUUAAUUAGUAAUUUUACAAAUUUACGUCGUUAGAGCCAAGGGAUACUCGUAGGAGCAGGCGGAGCGCAAGUAAUACAAACCCGUAAACACAACCCAACAAAAUUCACCGUCAAUGUUUUGGCAUAGAACCAAAACCACUGAGGAACAACCAAACGAAAUGAAACUAAACAAUAACAACAGAUAGAGAAGUUAGCGAAAGGGCGAAGCAAGAUGUUGCUCCUACAUUUUAGUAUAUAGUUUACAACACGUUGUUGUAGCAAAGAAGGCAAAGUGGCUAGGGCUGCUAGGAGAAAGAACUGUUGCAGUCUCCGAUAUCAAUUAUAUGGCUAAAUAUAUAAAAAACAAAACCUAUAUUUUGUAUGAUUGUGUAAGUUGUAAUAAAUCUAGAUCGCAGUACUUUUACUGCGCUAAUUCA